CACUGGGAACACAAGAGGCGUGGUGAAUCCCAGAACUAAACGCCACAGUGGCGUGGGCGUUGGCCAAUCAGAACGUUGAAAUCUGCAUACCGGCUUUAUAAUUGGCCCAGUCUCGGUGACGGGCGGGGCGUGUAGAGCCGCUCACGCCGUGAGUGUGUGUGUAAUGACAAUCUGAAAAUGGCGGAUGGACGCGGAAUCCUUUAACUUUCUCGUAUACAAUAAGAAGCAGAUCCAAUGGGCGAGAUUGCGACAGGAUGAGUUCCAGCUGCAGUUAGGGGGGGGAAAUACGCAGGGUUUCUUCGCAUUCAACUGAUUAAAAAUAGCACUACUAUCACCGCAAACAACAACAACAACAAAAAAAAAAACGCUAGCUUGUUUGUUUGCUUUAAACACUUGACUUGAUGUGACGUGUCACUUCCCGUCUCUGGACCACCGCAAACUCAAUCUCCUGUGCGUUCCUCAUUUCAGGCAAUGGAGGAAACCCGCUACAGCAAACGCCUGCGAACAGGAACUCGCCGGCGGUAUCAGGACGAUGGCAUCUCCGACGACGAAAUCGAGGGGAAGACGAAUUUUGAUCUUGCAGAAAAGCUUGAAAGCCCCAACUUCGAUUCCAACUUGGUGAAAAUCAUGGAUGGAAAUGACUUCACUUUUGAGUACAUCCAGCGGGAGGGGCUUCGGGACCCCAUCAUCUUUACUAAAGCAGACGGUCUUGGCAUUCAAAUGCCCGAUCCAGACUUCAGUGUGAGCGAUGUGAAACUGUUUGUAGGCAGUCGACGGAUGAUUGACGUGAUGGAUGUAAGCACCCAAAGGGGUAUGGAGAUGUCCAUGAGUCAGUGGAGGAGGUAUUACGAAACUCCAGCCUCAGAAAGGGAAAAGCUGUACAACGUCAUCAGUCUUGAGUUCAGCCAUACGAAACUGGAGCACCUCGUCAAGAGACCUGCCUCAGUUGAUCUGAUCGACUGGGUGGAUAACAUGUGGCCACGGCACCUGAAGGAGCGACAGAGAGACUCCACCAACGCCAUCAUAGACAUGCAGUACCCCAAAGUACAGAAGUACUGCCUGAUGAGCGUGAAGGGCUGCUUUACAGACUUCCACGUCGACUUCGGCGGCACUUCAGUCUGGUACCAUAUCCUGAGGGGGCGCAAGGUUUUCUGGCUGAUCCCUCCCACGCCACACAAUCUGGAGCUCUAUGAGAACUGGGUGUUGUCUGGAAAACAGGGUGACAUCUUCCUUGGGGACAAAGCCACCGCCUGCCAGCGCAUUCAGCUUGAACAGGGUUACACCUUUAUGAUCCCCUCAGGUUGGAUCCAUGCAGUAUACACUCCUGAAGAUACCCUGGUGUUCGGAGGGAAUUUCCUGCACAGUUUUAACAUUCCCAUGCAGCUGAACAUUUACAACAUUGAGGACCGCACACGGGUCCCAGCCAAGUUUCGUUACCCGUUCUAUUAUGAGAUGUGUUGGUAUGUUCUGGAGCGUUACCUCUACUGUCUGACCAACACCUCUCAUCUAACGCCAGAGUUCCAGAGACACUCACUAGGCAUCGGGCUGAAAAAGGCCGACUGUGCUAAAGCAAGCAACGAUGAUAACGAAGAAAAAGCAGAGGUUAAAGAAGAAGGCGAUGAAGAGGAAGAAGAAAUUACCUCUCCUCCUGCACGUCCUGGGGUGAAGGUCCAUCUGACGCCAUUAGAGCUGGAGGGACUGUGGCAACUCCUGCACAAACUGGAGCAGUUGCCCGCUCAUAAGAAGUGUGUACCUUCAGGGAUCAGAAACGCUCCAGCACUGCUCAGUGACAUCCGUGCCCUGCUAGAAGAGCAUGCCAAUGAUGAUCCAAAAUUGUCUUACACUGGAAAACCCAUCGUCACAUGGCCCAAAAGGCCCUCGUGGUACAGACCACUCCCUACUGCACCAUCUGUAUUGUACCGGCCGCGUCCUUCGGGUUCGGGCACCACGAUGACCUCGGUGCCACGGCCAACCAAGCCUUCAACUUCCCUCUCUGCUCUGAGGCGGCGACGUGUGCGCUGCAAACGCUGCGCCGCGUGCACGCGCUCCUUGUGUGGAGAUUGCAUCUACUGCAGGGACAUGAAGAGGUUUGGUGGCCCAGGUCGACUCAAAAAGUCCUGCAUUCUCAGGCAGUGCCUGUCUCCGGCGCUUCCUCUCACCGCUAUCUGUGGCAUAUGUAAAGAGGGGAGCCAGGAAGAUGCCGAAGGCACCCAGAGCACCCAAACACUCAUGGAGUGCACCGAAUGUGGUCAGAUCACACACCCAGAAUGUAUAACGGUCCCAGGGGAGGGUGUGAUCAACAAGGAUCUACCCAGUUGCUGGGAGUGUCCCAAAUGUGUCCAUGAUAAGAACACUGAGUCUUCCAGCAGCAAUUCAGAAGAGGAGAGUAAAAGCACUGUUAUGACUAGCUCGGCCACGUCUGCACCUCCCGCGAAGCGGGCAUACAGAGAGGGCAUUGGGGUGGGGGGGCUACGUUUAGGGCGCAGGGCUCAGCCUCUCCCAUCCCCCUCAUCUCUGCCUUUGACUCGCUCCCGACGCCAACCUCCACCCUCACAGAGAAUCCUACUGCAGCAUCAACAGAGCCGCAAGAGAGCUGGGGCACUGGAACGACAGCACAGGAAGAGGAUCAAAUUAGAGAGGAGCAAACUCUUCCAGUCGACACGGCCAUCUGUCUCUGUUUCUCCAAAGCUCUUGCGUCAGCGCAGUUUGGAGAGAGGGAGCAUGAUCAGGGCAGCACUCAGCAGGGGCAUGGCCCGGCGGAGAAGCGCGUCGUCAUAUCAGGGAAGAGAAGUCCGGCUUCGAAGUGAAGCAAGAGAUGGAACUCUGCGAGGAAGGACAGAGAGAGAAGAGGACGGAGACGAAAAUAACAAGGAGGAAGAGAACGAGAAGACCGAACGGAGAGAGAAUGGCCUCGGAGGUAAAGAGAACCGGCCGCAGGGAUACGGAGGAAGGCCGGCGGAAGACGAGACCGGAGACGCCCAACCGAACAGAGAGCGAGAAAACGAGAGGGAGGAGGAGGGAGAACAGACUCGCACCGACUGUUCAGGUGUGCUCAGUGACGAGGCCAGAGAUCAAAGGUCAUGUGUGACUGUGACUUUGCAGCCGUCACGAGGCAGACGGGACCCGAGCACUAUCGUCCCCAAGCUUGAAGCGAAUGUGAACUCUGUAAGCCACAUCCAAAGCAACAGCGACUUUCAGGGCAAGUCCCUGCUCCGCCCACCUCUCCGGGGGGAUUCACACCAUGCGGACAAAGCUCACUCUCACACACACAAGCAUUCAGCCAGGCCGCAACUCCGAUCCCCAACUCUUACCAGGAGCACUUCCAAACACACUAAUGUGAAUCAAAGCUUAAGGUGCAACUCCAGAGAGUCUCAUCGCAACACGACACGAGAGAGGAACGGGAAAAACGUACGUCCCGAGAGAGGAAAGCCUCCUGCGUCUUCUACCAGCUCAGCGUCCUGCACAUCACCUGAGCAGAACGGAGCUAGUGAACCAGGCUGGGGCAGACUGGUGUGGGUGUCCGUCUUCCGCUACCUGACUCGGACCGAGCUGUGCGUGUGCAUGGCUGUGUGCAAGAGCUGGUACAAAUGGGGGUGUGAUAAACGCCUGUGGACGCAUAUUAAUCUGAGUCGCUGCCAGUCCAUCAGCCCACAGGCCCUCUCCGGCAUCAUCAAGCGCCAGCCUGUUACACUGGACCUUUCGUGGGCCAAAAUAUCCAAAAAACAGCUUACCUGGCUCGUCAACCGAUUACCAGGGUUGAAAGAUCUGGUGCUUUCAGGGUGUAACUGGACGUCAGUUUCUGCUCUGAGCUCGCCCAGCUGUCCUUUACUGCGAUCGUUAGAUCUACGCUGGGCAGAUGGCGUCAAAGAUGCACAGAUCCGAGAGCUGCUUUGCCCACCAGGAAGUAAUAAUCGUUCCCAGCUGAGAAACAUGCAGUGCUUGAGGCUGUGUGGUCUGGAGGUAACAGAGGCCACUCUGAGGCUGAUCAUCAGGCACAUGCCCCAGCUGACGCGGCUGGAGCUCUCACACUGCCCUCUGACUGACAACGCUCUCAACCUCCUCACCGCUGUGGGCUCGUCCACACGCAACACACUCACUCACCUCAACCUAGCAGGUUGCAGUCGUCUGACUGACCACUGUCUGGUGCACCUGCAGCGUCUGUCCUGUGUGUCUGUGCUGGACCUGCGCAGCUGUAAAGGAAUCUCCCGGGAGGCUUGCGAGAAAUUCAUCUCCGAGCUGUCAGUCAAUGCCCUCUACUGCCUAUCAGACGAUAAACUAAUCCAGAGAAUAUCCUAGAGCUCCUUCUUCUCUGAGAACCAUGGACUGUUUGGGUUGGUUGGGUGGAGGCAGGGGGGGUGUGUGUGAGAGAGUGUGUAUGUAUAGAAAGAUCAGCAUGAUUGCUCUGUUCGACUGCGAUUCCUGUUCAGAACAUCAUAAAGGAGGACCUCGAAGCAUCUCAGAGAGACUUUAUGUAAGCAAAACUCAGUGGUCGAAGUCCAUAAUGUACUUAUUUCUCUUCGGUCUGCGUACACAGACGCAGCAGUUGGCAAUCACAAGAAUCCUCACGGGCUCUUUUAAUAAGAAAACUAAAUCGGUGCUAAUCUUCAACAGCCUUUUUUUUUUUUUUUUCCUCCCAUUUAUUUUUUUUUUUUAUUCCAGGGCAGGUCUGUAGCUUGCAUGCCUCUCCUGAUCCCGCCCCUCUCUCCUUUUUCCACUCUUUCUAACUUCUCCAUCUUCUUUACUCCGACGCUUCUGUUGUUUGUAGCCGCGUAAAAGGGUGUUGCGUUUGGUUUCACUCCUGUGCUUAACCUCUGAAUUUAUUUUUCAAGAGGAAUACUUUUCAGUUCUUAAUUCCGUUCUGUCUAGUUACAGAGUACAGAUAUAUAUAAAUAUAAAAAUAUAUACACCCCCUCGUGUAAAUGUAUUCCUCUCCUAUAGUAUGCCAGAAGAAGAGUCUGUAGCGUUGUAAUUAUUUUUGGAUUUUUUUUUUUUUUCACUUUUUGUUUGUUUUUCCAAAAAAAAAAAACAAUAAAGAA